GAUCUGGGAAGAUUCAUAUUUAAGGGUAAUUAUAACACCCACAGAGCUAACUGUACUAAAUGCUUGUGCUGAAUCAAUAGCACAUAUGUAAUAACCUAAACAGCUGAUCUGUAUCACAUGCAAUGUAAUUAUAACACUCACAGAGCUAACUGUACUAAAUGCUUGUGCUGAAUCAAUAGCACAUAUGUAAUAACCUAAACAGCUGAUCUGUAUCACUUGCAAUGUAAUUAUAACACCCACAGAGCUAACUGUACUAAAUGCUUGUGCUGAAUCAAUAGCACAUAUGUAAUAACCUAAGCAGCUGAUCUGUAUCACAUGAAUUGUUAUGUGUGCCUUUAAUGAUACCAUACGUACAGUUAAUAAGAACCAUUAUUUAUUAUUAUCUGUCUAAACCAUUUACUAUACUUUUUACAGACACGGCCAGAGCACUGAGAGGUAUCAGGUAUUGAUGUAACUGGAGUGAAUAAGGGAACCUUCUUCCUGAGCACAGACAUUGGAGCCUGUUAUCAGCAUGAACUCAUAUGUGUUAGACAAACACGUGAAUAGUUCAUAUCCCUCCUUCACUACAGAAAGCAUAAGAAUGAUUCCACAAACUCAAAUAGUCUUAGACACCAAUGACUAUUCACAAACAUUGGGGAUAUCACAAAAGAUAUUAACAGACGAUGGUGAAUUGGCAGGAACUGGGCAGCAAUCAUUAUGUACAGAGAGUAAUUUAGUCAUCAAACAAGAGGACAACAUUUAUGCCUUAACUAGUGAAAUGAUUAUCCCAGAGGAUAAACCACACACAUUUACUGGGUUUUCAAAACAUAUUAAAGAAGGGAAAAGUCUUCAGUCUAACCAAAUGAUUCAUGCAAAGGAGAAACCUUUCAAAUCUACAGAAUGUGAGAAAAGCUUUAGAUGGAAGUCUCAGCUACUAGAACACCACAAAAUUCACACAGGUGAGAAACCACACACAUGUACUGAGUGCGGCAAGUGUUUUACAGAAAAACGUAAUCUGAAAAUUCAUGAAAGGAGUCACACAGGAGAAAAGCCGUUCACAUGUACAGAGUGUGGAAAAUGUUUUACACAUAAGAGUAAUCUGAAAACUCAUGAAAGGAUUCACACAGGGGAAAAGCCUUUCAGAUGUACAGAGUGUGGAAAAUGUUUUACAGGAAAACGUAAUCUGAAAAUUCAUGAAAGGAGUCACACAGGAGAAAAGCCGUUCACAUGUACAGAGUGUGGAAAAUGUUUUACAGUACAGAGUCAUCUGAAAACUCAUGAAAGGAUUCACACAGGAGAAAUGCCAUUCACAUGUACAGAGUGUGGAAAAUGUUUUACAGAAAAAAGUAGUCUGAAAACUCAUGAAAGGAGUCACACAGGAGAAAAGCUGUUCACAUGUACAGAGUGUGGGAAAUGUUUUACAGAAAAAAGUAAUCUGAAAAAGCAUGAAAGGAGUCACACAGGAGAAAAGCCGUUCAAAUGUACAGAGUGUGGAAAAAGUUUUACAGAAAAAAGUAAUCUGAAAAGUCACGAAAGGAUUCACACAGGAGAAAAGCCGUUCACAUGUACAGAUUGUGGAAAAAGUUUUACAGUAAAAAGUAAUCUGAAAAGUCAUGAAAGGAUUCACACAGGAGCAAAGCCGUUCACAUGUACAGAGUGUGGAAAUAGUUUUACAGAAAAAAGUAAUCUGAAAAGGCAUGAAAGGAGUCACACAGGGAAAAAAAACCUUUUCACAUGUAGGUGUGGAAAAAGUUGUAUACAUAAGAGUGAACUGAAAAUUCAUGAAAGGAUUCACACAGGGGAAAAGCCUUUCACAUGUACAGAGUGUGGGAAAUGUUUUACAGAAAAAAAGUCACUGAAAAAGCAUGAAACUAGUCAAACAGGAGAAAAGUCUUUCUCAUGUACAGAGUGUGGGAAAUGUUUUACACAUAAGAGUUAUCUUAAAAGUCAUGAAAGGAUAUACAAGGGAAGAAACAUUUCACAUAUUUGGAAAGGCAAGCAUAAGAGAAAGGUCAGACAUUCAGUAAGCGAGGUAUCGGAUGCUAUUAUUGCAAUAUCAGACGUGUCCUCUCAACAACCUGAAGAGGAGGGUGCUGUUGUGGCUUCUGAGGGAGAGAGUUCAGAUUCAGAUGGUUUAUUACCUCUGACAGACUCGGAGGUGAAAGAACAGGUCACAGAUCUAGAACAAAAGUUAGACGACACAGAGAACAGAACUCAACGCAACAACCUUCAAAUCAAAGGGAUACCUGAGAAGGUGCCUGGCAACGCAAUUCACGACUACCUCCAAGAGAUAUUUCAAUCCCUGGCAAUAGCGAACUCUGUUGUUAUUCAAGAAAUCCCUCUGGAAAGAGCUCACCGCACACUUCGCCCUAAGCCUACAGAAAACCAUCUUCCCAGAGAUAUUGUGGUGUGCUUUCAGAGCUUCAGGGAUAGAGAAAAGAUACUGAACUUUUCUAGACAACAGCACAAAUUUACAUACUUAGGUGCAAAGAUCCAAUUCUUCCAAGACCUCUCCAUCAAAACAUUGCAGAGAAGAAGAGACUUUAACAUCCUAACUACGCAUCUAAGAUCCUUGAAGGUUCCCUAUAGAUGGGGCUUCCCUGUAUCCAUCCAAACUAUCAAAAGUGGGAAACGAAUCGAAUGUACAGACCCAUCCAGCACAGCUUCCUUCUGUGCUGCACUGGGAAUAAUAGCUCCAGAUGUUCCUACAAUAUCAGAUGCGUUUCGUGAAUUCCUAUUACAUGCCUGGACGGAUUUUAUCACUGAUAAUAAAGAACAUAGCUCAUCCCCAGAGCUGUUCUGGGAGACUGCCAAAGCGGUGUUAACAGAAGCUAAGAUAUCCUUAGAUACCUUUGUGAAACGUCAGGCAGCUCAGGGACUCCUUAAGAGAAACUCCAUAUAUCUACGCUAUGGAAAUAAGGCAGACAAACACGUGAAUAGUUCAUAUCCCUCCUUCACUACAGAAAGCAUCAGAAUGAUUCCACAAACUCAAAUAGUCUUAGACACCAAUGACUAUUCACAAACAUUGGGGAUAUCACAAAAGAUAUUAACAGACGAUGGUGAAUUGGCAGGAACUGGGCAGCAAUCAUUAUGUACAGAGAGUAAUUUAGUCAUCAAACAAGAGGACAACAUUUAUGCCUUAUCUAGUGAAAUGAUUAUCCCAGAGGAUAAACCACACACAUUUACUGGGUUUUCAAAACAUAUUAAAGAAGGGAAAAGUCUUCAGUCUAACCAAAUGAUUCAUACAAAGGAGAAACCUUUCAAAUCUACAGAAUGUGAGAAAGGCUUUAGAUGGAAGUCUCAGCUACUAGAACACCACAAAAUUCACACAGGUGAGAAACCACACACAUGUACUGAGUGCGGCAAGUGUUUUACAGAAAAACGUAAUCUGAAAAUUCAUGAAAGGAGUCACACAGGAGAAAAGCCGUUCACAUGUACAGAGUGUGGAAAAUGUUUUACACAUAAGAGUAAUCUGAAAACUCAUGAAAGGAUUCACACAUGGGAAAAGCCUUUCAGAUGUACAGAGUGUGGAAAAUGUUUUACAGGAAAAUGUAAUCUGAAAAUUCAUGAAAGGAGUCACACAGGAGAAAAGCCGUUCACAUGUACAGAGUGUGGAAAAUGUUUUACAGUACAGAGGCAUCUGAAAACUCAUGAAAGGAUUCACACAGGAGAAAUGCCGUUCACAUGUACAGAGUGUGGAAAAUGUUUUACAGAAAAAAGUAGUCUGAAAACUCAUGAAAGGAGUCACACAGGAGAAAAGCUGUUCACAUGUACAGAGUGUGGGAAAUGUUUUACAGAAAAAAAUCAUCUGAAAAAGCAUGAAAGGAGUCACACAGGAGAAAAGCCGUUCAAAUGUACAGAGUGUGGAAAAAGUUUUACAGUAAAAAGUAAUCUGAAAAGUCACGAAAGGAUUCACACAGGAGAAAAGCCGUUCACAUGUACAGAUUGUGGAAAAAGUUUUACAGUAAAAAGUAAUCUGAAAAGUCAUGAAAGGAUUCACACAGGAGCAAAGCCGUUCACAUGUACAGAGUGUGAGAAAUGUUUUACAGAAAAAAGUCAUCUGAAAAAGCAUGAAAGGAGUCACACAGGAGAAAUGCCGUUCAAAUGUACAGAGUGUGGAAAAAGUUUUACAGAUAAAAGUAAUCUGAAAACUCACGAAAGGAUUCACACAGGAGAAAAGCCGUUCACAUGUACAGAUUGUGGAAAAAGUUUUACAGUAAAAAGUAAUCUGAAAACUCAUGAAAGGAGUCACACAGGGAAAAAACCUUUUCACAUGUAGAGUGUGGAAAAAGUUGUAUACAUAAGAGUGAACUGAAAAUUCAUGAAAGGAUUCACACAGGGGAAAAGCCUUUCUCAUGUACAGAGUGUGGGAAAUGUUUUACACAUAAGAGUUAUCUUAAAAGUCAUGAAAGGAUUUACAAGGGAAAAAACAUUUCACAUAUUUGGAAAGUGGAAUUUUUAUUUUUAUUUUAAUCAGGUAUCACAAAACACCAAAUAUUUACACACAAAUAAACUUUAUAUAUUUUACAGUGAGCAAACCUUUUUUAUAAUUAUCCUAAUGAGGACAAACUUUCUAAAUAGAAGCAUCAAAAAGGAUCCUAUUGUAAAUAAUACUUUCUUAAUCCCAGUUAUAAAAACCCCAGAUUGGAAGUGCUCUCCUGCUGUCCUUUGUUCCUCUAUAUAUGUGCACCUCAGUUUCUCUCAUAUCAAUGUGAUAGAAUCCAAACACCACACAGGAAUAUACAGAUCUGUCAUCAUACUGACCAGUUUACACAACCAUUCACCACCAAAGCACCCCCAGUGUUGUUUAUUAAUAUGUCAGUGUUAGGAGUUGUACAUUUGAUUUACAUAGGGGAGAAAAUAAUUACAUUUACAGAAUAAAGGAGUCUUUAUAUGAAUAAAGUAUUAGAUAAUUAUAUCAACAAGAACAUCAGUCUCAAAUGAUUGACAUCUGGGAGAUAUAUUUAAUGUGCACAUCAUGUGGAUAAACCUUUUCUUAUAGCAAUAGAUGCUUAGCAUUGUACAAUUGUAUAUGUUAUAUGCUAGAGGAAUUACUGAGGAGAAACUGAUUUUAUUUCAUGAGACACAAUAUCACAUACGUGAUCAUAAUCAGUUUAAUUUAAAUGGCAACUAUAACCUACAUGUAUACUGGGUAUGUAAUAUGUAUGUCAUGUUCUGUAACUUGAUAUGUCUAAAUAAAAAGAGAGAAGCGGUCAA